UCAUUUUAUAGUUUUUCUCUGGGAGUAGGAUCUUUGUAGCUACAUGGAAUGUGGGUGGAAAAUCACCACCUAGUUACUUGAAUCUUGAAGAUUGGCUCCACACUUCACUUCCUGCAGACAUUUAUGUUAUUGGAUUUCAAGAAAUUGUUCCGCUGAAUGCUGGGAAUGUUUUAGGCGCAGAAGACAAUGGACCCGCAAGGAAGUGGCUGGCUCUUAUCCGAAAGACUCUUAACAAUCUCCCUGGCACCAGUGGCAGUGCUGGUUAUCACACACCUUCACCAAUCCCUGAUCCAAUUAUAGAAUCAGAUGCAGAUUUUGAAGGUUCGACGAGACAGAAGGCCUCUUCUUUCUUCCCCCGCCGGUCAUUCCAGACAAGCCGUAGCAUGAGAAUGGACUAUGACAUGUCAACCUUGCAACCCCGGCUUGAUCGACGAUUCAGUGUAUGUGAUCGGGUUAUUUUUGGUCACAGGCCGAGUGAUUAUGAUCCCAAUUACAGAGGGGGUUCAUCUGAUGAUGAGAAUGUGCCUACGGAUUCCCCGAGUACCAUCUUCUCACCAAUGUCCUAUGGAGGGUCCACAUCCAUGGAGGACAGAGAGAGACCGUCUGGGCACUCGAGGUACUGCCUAGUUGCAAGUAAGCAAAUGGUUGGGAUAUUUCUCACAGUCUGGGUGAGGAGUGACCUGAGGGAUGAUGUAAAGAAUAUGAAAGUUUCAUGUGUUGGCAGGGGAUUGAUGGGUUAUCUUGGAAACAAGGGCUCAAUCUCAAUCAGUAUGUCUGUACACCAAACUAGCUUCUGCUUCGUAUGUAGUCAUCUAACCUCUGGACAGAAGGAAGGUGAUGAACUAAGAAGGAACUCUGAUGUCAUGGAGAUCCUGCGGAAGACAAGGUUUCCACGUGUUCAAAGAGUAGGGGAUGAAAAAUCGCCAGAAACAAUCCUCGAUCAUGAUCGAAUUAUAUGGCUUGGGGAUUUGAAUUACCGAAUUGCACUAUCUUAUCGCUCUGCAAAGGCACUUGUGGAGAUGCACAACUGGAGGGCAUUGUUAGAAAAUGAUCAGCUUCGGUUAGAACAGAGACGAGGUCGUGUAUUCGAAGGAUGGAAUGAGGGGAAGAUAUAUUUUCCCCCCACCUACAAAUAUUCAACCAAUUCCGACAGAUAUGCAGGGGAUGACAUGCACCCUAAAGAGAAGCGACGAACACCUGCAUGGUGUGAUCGCAUCUUGUGGUAUGGAAGGGGCCUCCAUCAAUUAACGUAUGUUCGUGGUGAGUCUAGAUUCUCAGAUCAUAGACCAGUUUAUAGCCUUUUCUCUACUGAAGUUGAGUCCAUCAGCCGUAGUCGUUUUAAGAAAAGCAUGAGUUGUUCUAGUUCCAGAAUUGAGGUGGAAGAACUGUUACCAUACUCACAUGGAUAUACUGAACUUAGUUUCUUCUGAAUGCUGGAUGGAACAAAUAAAGACCCACAUUCAAGAACCCACAUAUUUGUCAACAGAGUGAAUAGGCCGUUCUGCACUUGGGAAUGUUUCCCUUUUAUGUAUUCAGACAAUCUUCGAAGAAUUGAAGGCACUAAUUAUUGUUUUCUUUCUUAAGACGUCCACGGAAAUAUUGGAUUCAGUUGAUGAAUUCUCAUCAAUCUUUUGAAGUCCAAACAUGGAACUUCUCCUUUCUCAAUCAGACAGUCUUGAAGAAUCACUCUUGUAUUGAAUGGGCGACGGAGACAUUUCCGUCCCCCACAAACCAAAAAAGAUGUGUAUACAUAUAUAUAUAUAUAUAUAUAUUUAUAUAUCCAGUACACGAGGCAGUCUACAAUGUUUUCAUCAGACAGAAUCUAGUUAUAAAAUACUUGGAUGGUAACAGUUACUUUUGGCUCCUUCAAGUUCAAGAUGUGUUCUUAUCAGGACAAGCUUGCUUUGCUCAAGUGACAUGGUGAAAGAGUCUGGCUUUUGUUAGUGGACUUUUUGAAUUAUUUUGGUUCUAUAUAUUUUUUGGUUAAUCAUUGGAUGAGGACGAGAUUAUUCUUUUUGUAAGAAGAUGAAAAUAGAGGGUAAUCAAAAUAAUCAUACUGGGAGGAGUUUGGGACGGGGGGUUGUUCAGUUGUAAUUAUGAUUUUUGGGUCCAAAGAGAGAGAGAGAGAUACAAAAAUUGUGAUGGAGAACAUUCAUGUUGGCAGUGAUGUAACAUAAGAAAGAAAUAAAAAGAAGAAAGAGAAAAAAAAAGGGAAAGAAAUUUGAAGUUUGAUCAUCAUAAGGAUCUGAAGCUGUUUGGCAUGUGAUGUCUUUGUUGGCUCUGCUGCUUCUGUAACUGCUAAUGAUUUUACUGAAAAAAGGUUGUUUUGUUGAUUACA